GGGCAGAGAGCAGAAAGGCCGAGAAAGAGAGAAAAACUAAAAAAAAAAGGGAAGAAAAAAGAGAAAGAAUGAAGAAAGGAAGAAAAGGGAAGAAGAGGAAGCGAGGUGUGAUAAAAACAAAUUGGAGCUCAAGCUCGGGGAUUACUUCAUUUCCAAUUUCAGUUAGGAUGUGUUCAAUCUACUUCCAAACUUGAACGCGUUUGAACUAAUUAAAGUUGUUGCAGAUGAGUAUGACAUACCGAUAUAAAAUUAUGAAGAAAGAAGGUGUUCCGGCUCAUGUGUCAUAGGUGAGCAACACAAAAUACAUAGCAGUUGUCCUCAACAAAUUGGAUCCACAACAAAAGUGUCAGUUGGAGGAGAGUUGUAUAUAACAUGUUGCAAGGUUAGAGGAGCUGAAACUAUCUGCUCAAUUAAUUCAUGAAAUAGUAAACAGAUUGGUGGGCUGUCGAAAGCGGUUUGAGGCUUGGUUUAAGGUGAACCAAAAGUGUGCACGAUUUGGACUGCCGGAGUUCGCAUUAAUCAUCGGCCUGAAGUGCUUUCCAAUGCCUAAAGGUACUGAAGUUGAGAAAAUCCUAGAGAAAACCCGUCUACAAGACAAAAUAUUUGCUAAUAUGGAUCGGAUAACUUGUAGCGACCUAGAGAAAGUUUUCUUGAAAUAUGCCAACUGUAACGAUUGUUACAACCUUGGUUUGGCACUAAUUAUUGAAGGGGUAUUUAAUUCAAGAGACCGAAAUGUAGGAAUACAUCCGACAACUCUCUCCAUCGUUGACGACUUGGAUUUCUUCAAUGUCUGCCCAUGGAGGACGGUAUGUUUUCAAUUUCUUCUCAAAUCACUGCUACGUGAAUAGGGAAGAAAGGCGGACAUGGUAAAAGUGAAUGAUUGUGAUAGAAUGACUUACACAUACGGAUUUCCUUUUGCUGUCCAGGUAUAUAUCUAUUUUGGUUCAUUUAAGUUCUUUUCAUCAUACAUUGUGUCAGUUAUCUCCAAAUAUGGUUAUUACUGUUAUAAAUGUCAUGCAAAUUUGGGCGUACGAGGCAAUCCCAGAGUUGGGAGCUCGAUUCUCGAGUAAAACUUGUGACGAUGUCCCGAUGAUGUUGCGAUGGUCUGGCAUGAAACAACCCCAUUCUCGAACAUAUUCAGAUUUUUUUGAGAAGACAGAUGUAAGCGAUUUACAUACAUAAUUGUCUUAUACUUUCACAAUAUAUAAUAUUUUAUUUUGCCUAUUUUUCCUUCCCCUGUAAGUGUACUUGUGGGUAACGCUGCACGCAAUUACUGUAGAAGAAUUACAGCCGUACUUCGUCGAUCUAGUUUCGUUGGAAGACGCAGCUGACCUCGUUCUAUAUGGUCUUGUUGCUCAAUCAAUAGAAAUACAAGCUUGUCCAGUUGUAGAUGAUGUUAUGCGGAACGAUGACAACAACCAUCGACCAAAUAAAUCCCAGAGAAGCAACAAAGGUGGACCUCGUCAUCGAGGUUUGCUUCACGUUGAAGGCAGAGAAGAAGAGCAUGGGGAUCCGAUCAUCGAAAGGCUUGUGUCUUUAGAUGAGAUAAGAGCUCUUUUGAACGAACAACGGGAGACAUUUGAGAACAAGAUGGGUGAUUUGAGGGAGGAGAUGAACACAAGAUUCACUAGUCUCCAAAAUGAUCUGGGAGGUCAUGUGUGUGGUUUGAGAAAUCAUGUCACUGAUGAGAUAAAUGUGCUCCGACGAAGGUUUGAUGAAGUUGCUACAGAAAUUGGGCAACACAAUGUUGCUGAUGAGUAUGGUAAAUUUGGUCAUGACAAUCGCGGUGGAGAUGAGUCUCGACGUGAUGUUUUUACUCCCAAUAUUUUUGUGGAUAGAAAGGAUGUCGGAGGCUAUCGAACCAGUUAUUUGCAAUAUCCCUGAUGUGUCCAUAACAUUGGGAGGUGGGGUUGGAAUUCUUGGGUCAGUUUACCUCGUUUGUGAUAUUGUGGAGGAGGCACCGAUCAUUGUACCUACAGCUGAUGCGUCCAUUGCUGGUCCACCUACACGCAGACCUCGAUCAUUGAGGCUGAAGAAGGCUAAUGCGAAAUACAAAGACAUCGUUCACUCGAUCGGGUCGUAAGAAGGGUAAGAAGAAUGCGUAGUUUGUGUAUUUUGGUUGACGAUAGAUAAUGGUGAUUGGAUAUGAACUUUAUUUUAAUUCAAAUUUAUUGGUUUAUAUAUUUUGAUUUGAUUGUUUUGGUAUGCAAUAUGUAUUGUGGUUUAUAUGGUGGCAUUUGGUAAUGUAUUUUGGUACACUUGCAAUAUGAAAUA